GAGGUUAUCAGGCUACAGCGCGAGUUCCGGUGCUGGAAGGAAUCGAACUGGUGUGCCUUCUCUGACUGUUGUGCCCACAAAAUCGCCGUCGAGGCUCCCGUCGGCACUGUCGUCGGCUACGUGCAGCAAAGACCAAGUUUUAUGGCUCCAAAGUAUAAGAUAAUGGACGCCGAUGAAAAGGACGUUCUCUACAUAGAAGGUCCAUGUUGCGUCUUCCAAGGCUGCCCAUGUGACGUCAACUUCACAAUUUUCUCCGCAACCGAUGGAGAGACAGAAGUAGGGAAAAUUCAAAAGCAAUGGGGCAAUCUUCUUCAAGAAAUGUUCACGUCUGCAGAUAAUUUUGGUGUAACAUUUCCAAUGGAUUUAGAUGUCAAAAUGAAAGCUGUGAUGCUUGGUGCCACAUUUCUUAUUGAUUUUAUGUACUUUGAAGGAGCUCAAAACAGAGGGCAUGCCCAUUACUACUGAUCAUACAAAGACACAGAGCAGAAUAGAACACUACUCAUAUAACCAUUCAUGGCAGAAAAAAAGAAAACAUUAAACCUACAACUAACCAUAUAAGGAUACAGUACAGCAUACAUCAGUGCUACAACUAAUCAUACAAGAGCACAAUACAGAAGAUAUCCACACAACAAAUAAUCAUACAAGAGCAUGUUAGAAGACACCAGUACACCAAAUAAUCAUACAAGAACGCAGACAGAAGACAUCAGCA